GAAGUGGGGCGGAUGGCAGAAAAACAGCGGCGAUGGACAUUACACCGCAGGAUCCCCAUUUACUAUGUCGUUAAACACGCAUCGGAACAUCGCGUUUUCACAGCCAUCACCCUAGGACACUGACAGCUCAUCACAAAGGGAUGCUGUACCUUCACUGCUCCUUGCGCUCUCAUGUCCAUAAAUGACCCUUUCACCAAAAUCCAAGGAAGCCUAGGAGGCGACGGCGAGUGAAGCAAAAAGAGGAGUGGGUGAAAAUAAGGAAAAAAGGAGAGGAAGUAGUCACAUUUCACUUCAGCUCUUGUGUCCCUUUCUGUGCCAGUCGGUCAGGGAUGCUGAGAUCAGUAUCCUCUCUUCCCUGUGGUGAAAAGAACCUCCUGCCCAGCAAGCCAAAAAGCCGGUCCAUUAGCCAAACAGACGCCCAGACAGUCACUCUGUCAACCAGCCUGCUAUCAUCCAGCAACCUAUUACCUCAUGCCAUGACUGCUCUGUCUGACCUGUCUUUAGGAACUCACUAAUUCAUGCCCCGGAGUGUGAGUGGAGUGGAGAUGAGAAAAAGGCAGGCGGCGCACAUCGAGGCCCCACCCCAGGCCCCUGGACAGCCCCGACCCAACACCUGCUGCCUCUGCUGGUGUGGCUGCUGCAAGUGUCUCUGGAAUGAAGACAGGAUGGAGAGGAGUGAACGACAGACCUGCACCAAGAUGGACAGUAUUGAAGCUACAGAAGAACAACACCCCAGUCUGGACGAGGCGCUGUCCUGGGCACGGAGCUUUGAGAUGAUGCUGCGCUCGCUGGAGGGCCGGGAGGUCUUCCGGGAGUUCCUGCGCUCGGAGUACAGCGAGGACAACCUGCUUUUCUGGUUGGCUUGUGAAGAGCUGAAGAAGGAGACGGAUCCCACCGUGGUGGAGGAGAAAUCUAGGAUCAUAUACGAAGACUACGUGUCCAUAUUAUCACCCAAAGAGGUGAGUCUGGACUCGCGGGUCAGAGAAGGAAUAAACCAGACCCUGACAGAGCCCAGCAACCUGAUGUACGAGGAGGCUCAGUUCCAGAUCUACACCCUGAUGCACCGCGACUCCUUUCCCCGUUUCCUCAACUCCUCCGUUUACAGAGACCUCCUGGCCAACAGGAGGCGCACCUGCCUCGACACCUAAACCCCUCCACCCACCCUCAUCGCCAUCGUACACCAACGAGACUACUACUUAAACUUCAAAUACUACUAUGGUGCCGGAAGUCGGGUUUGGAAAAAUCUCUCCCUCUUUUUUGAUUGAAAAGACUGAAUGACAUCCAAGAUAGCUGGUUGUUUUUUUAUUUAUAUUUUUUAAGCAAUUUAUAUCCAGUUCUCCACUGGAGCCAGGUCGGCCUUUGCUGGUUGGUUGGUCAAUUUAAGACCAUUAAUGCUGGCCAGUGAUUGUUUUGCUAGCAAUUUGUGCUGUUUGUUACGGUUGGCUGGCCAGCACUUGUCAGCUGUCGGUUGAAAUGGCCAACCUGAGGGCCAGCUGCUGGUUAACUGUGGACAAGGACUCCUCAGGCGGUGGGGACAGAAAGAGAGAGAGACAGAAAGGACAAGCCAACUGUUCUUGUACUGUAAUAUUUAGACCUCAUGCUUUUUCCCUCACUUUAAUAUCUCUCUCUCUCUCUUAAUCAUUCUUUCAUAUUGUUUUUUUUUAUUCUGUCCCAUUCCUCAGAUGUGUUUUUUAUUUCUUAACUGUCCAAACAUGACACCUAGUUGUUGGUGGGAGUUGGGGCGUCUCUGCCUGUUUAACCAGUAGAAGCACUGGCUCUGCAUGUAACUCUCUCUCUCUACAGUAGCUUGACGAUGUAAGCCGCGGACUGCAACCGUUUUUUGAAUAUUGAGAUGUAUUAAGACAGGGGACCUGUCUCUCUGUCUGGAUGUGUAUAUUCAGUGAAGGGAAAAAGUACACUUCUGCCAAUUUUAAGCUUACUGCAGUUUUUUAUUGAGGAGAUUUGAUGGCUUCUGCAGCAAAAGGCAGCAGCAGCAGCACCUAUCCAUCCAUUGAUCCAUCCACCUGUCCAUCCAUCCAUCCAUCCAUCCAUCCAUCCAUCCAUCCGUCCAAGCACUUUCCUUCUUUAGGAUUCUUUAACUGGGAGAAGUAAGGGCUAGAAUUGUGGUUGGGCAGCUACAUGUAUUAUUAUUACUCAUGAACUUAAGACAAAAAAUCUCUCCACUGAGAAAAUCACAAUGCCUUUACAUGUAAGAAAAGGCAGCACAAGCGCUGCUGGAGUUUUUCUGGAACGCAACCACAGUUUGUCCAACGAUCCCUACGUCCCAUCUUUUUUCCCCUCCUCCCUCCAACUCAGACCAUCACAGCCUGACAAGCACAGGUGCCCAGUGUGGGGGAAAGAACCCACCGCAGGAGAAAAUGGAGAAAAUAAAAACAAACUCCAAAUAGUCAUCUACAUUUUUGAAAUUCUUGCGCAGUGAAAGAGGUUUUACCUUUUAGUGUUCUGGUUAGCAUUAUGGAAAGCUGGUUCUACCUGGAGAACAUAAGGAGAUGCAGCAGACGCUAAUCCUAAGUGAUGGUUGUUUAGCCCUGGCCUUCGUGUGUAAGGCUUCGGCUGUAGAUGCUGUAGGUAACAUGGCAGCCCCUGGAGUUGGACGCCCAGUAACAGGCUGCAGAUACAUGACCCUGGUGCCAAACAUGAUGUCAAAGAUGCUGUGAAAAGAUAUCAGAUGUGACUUGUCACCAGGCUGCAGAGUCGUUCUGGUGCAUGUCGGUUUCUCCAGCAGACAGAGCUGUGAGCGUUUAUAGGAGUCCUUCAGUUAGCUACUGCCCACUCAAGACACUCAUUUUUUACCAGAGCUAGUGAAGAGGGUUGGUAUAAUAAUGCUAACAUGCUACCAUACUGGGCUAGUGAAGAAGUUUGUCAUGCUACAAUGCUAGCCUUCUUUACGAGGCUAACUAGGUUUCAGCAUGCUGUAGGCAAGCAGUUAGCAUGCUUGUGCUAGCCGUGCUAAACCUCUAUCCCACUGCCAGCCCUCACACACUCUGGUUUGUUUUUCUAAUCUGACUUUGACAGCAUGCGAUGAUAAUGGCUAUGUGUGUGUAUGGUACAUUUACACACUUAACAGAAAAAAAUUGAAAAAAAAAGAAACUCUAAGAGGGUCUUGCCAAAUGUCCCAUUAACAUUUUUAGUAUAUAAAAGGACAUUUUGUUUUUUGAUGAUGUGAACAUUUGAACUUUGUUCCUGGCCUGUGGAUGUGCAGUAGAAAGUGCAUGAGUGCAGUAUAUGCUAUUUUGUUUAAUUAACCGGGCCUCCGAGUAUAUUCAUUGUGUAACAUGAUGGACAGCUGACCUCUUGUUUCGGUGGCUUGCGCGGUCUCAAAGUGUCAAUGAAACAGUGCCACUCCUCACUGAUAAAUGUAAGCAUCUAUGUUGCCACCUCCUUAACUACCUGAAGUUCACGUGCCAAGUUUGGUCGAGAUUAAAUUUGAGAGCAGACUCUGCAGGAUGUCUAGCUGCAGACUGUUGAAGUGCAAUUGGAUGUAGUUAGUGAUUCUAGAUGGCAGUCUGUUUGAAGCUGUGUCCCAUUACGUCAGAUUGGUUUUGAAUUGUCAGAAAUGUAUCUUAUAAAUUACUAACCACAACACUUUUAAUAAUACUAGGGAUGCACGAUAAGGAUUUUAUUCAGCUGAUACCCAUACUUACCUGCUUCUUAUGGCCAAUGCUCAUAAGAUAACUUUAUUUUUUUUUAUUUUAACAUUUCUAACAUCACUAUUGUAACUGAAACAAAUAACAGUCUUGACUCUUAACAUACUUAUUUUUCUAGUAAAGUACAUGAAAUAAAAUUAUGACGCUUUUAUAUUCUGCCUAACAAUUCAAAUGAAAUACUUUCACAAAAUCUGUCAAAUCUGUCGAUGCAUUAAACCAUCAAUAUCGCUGCCACUGCCACCUACUGUAUUCCAGUGUGUAGCUGCUGCACUUGUUAAAUCAUUAAGAAGCAAUUUCAAAACAAUCGACAGUGACGUGUAUCGUGCAUCCCUACAUAAAACUCAAAUUGAAAAUGUAUAAAUGCAGCUGUUGGAUUGUUUAAGAAACGAGCUGCCUUUAUUUAGCAUUUGCAAGUUCUGCUACAGGACUUAAAAAAGAAAUCAGAUAAUUCGAUUCAUUUUUAAAGAUAAAUUGAAUUGAAGUCAGAUAGAGCCAAAAUAAAAAUAAAAAGUCCAUGGGAUUCUGAGUUUUCCUCCAGACUAAAGCCCUUUUUACAUAGCCUGCUCAAGGCAAAAAUAGUGCGCCUUUAUUUCGCCUCACUGUUUAUAUAAAAGUUUGUAUAAAAGUUAUGGAGGCAGGACAGGGGAACUAGAGAUCCUAGAGAUAGUAACAGAGUCUGUGUAAAAGUCACUUUUUCUCCCAUAAUGCUGUCGUGCUAUUUAAACUUUGGGGGCGGGAUAAUGUCGCCGCUGUUUGGUUCAGUGUAAAAAGGCAUUGCUGGCGUUACAGUUGAGCUUUAUUACACCAAUAGAGCAGAAUCUUUGUAAAAGAGGCUUUGUUUUCACUUGCAGUGUUAAAAAUGCUAACUAGAUGAAGCUGCCAGCUCAAAACCAAUCAUAUCAUAUUACAACAAAAAUUUUCUGUCUUGAAGAAUUGAUUAUAGAUAGGUAAAACGCACACUGUAGAGUAAAGAAGGCAAGACUAAACCAAUAAUCUGCAAACGGUUGUAAUGUUCCUUAUUGAAAAUAUAGUAUAUUUAACCUGACAAUAGAAUUACUCACAUGCAGACUACAUAAAUACCUGUAAGGAUUGACUGAUGCUUAGCUGCUGUAAUGACGAGCUGUGCAUGCAUGCGCUCAGUUGAUCAGAAGCAUACAGAGUAAUUUACCAGUUCUCUUACUGAAGGUUUAGUUGUUACACUUGGCUCCUUGGAGCAAAUUAUAUUUUUCAUGAAACAUUUUAGACGUCGUAUUUGGACAACUUUGUAACUUUUUGACUCCGUAGAAGAAUGCCUGUCACUCAUAAAAGCUCUCUGGCAGACGGAUCCGUCCUCUGCUCAGUGCAGCUUUGUUUCCUUGUUACCGAGUCUAUACAGUAAUUAACAUGAGAAUGUUUUCACCAAGAACCAGAUAAUGAAAUCAUGGUGCAAUUAAACCAAGUUUACAUUUAUAAAUUGUGAGAUGUGUGUACCUUAUUAAAUAAUCGUAACCGUGGGGAGCUAACUGUCCCCAGUGUGUGCAGAGAAGCCAGCCGGUCUCUGCACAGUGCUAACUCCAUUAGCACUUUACAGGGUUUACAGGGAGUACUGACACAGCAGAAACCCAGGUGACGGUGUUUUACAUGGGGGCAGUCGCAGUAGAAACCCAUGCCCUCUUCUUAUGUCCUUUCCUCUUAAUUUAUUGUGACUUUUACACAGUGGGGGGGAAAGUACACGGUUGUUUCUUUUUAAUAACUGCAUUUCAAAUGUAGAUUUUACAAGCGAUGAUGUAAAGUGACGUAGUGUCAUCGCUGAGUUUAGAUUUUUGUCUUUAAAUUUCCAAUGGGUUCCAAGUGAGUGGGGUUUUUGAAACGUGGCUGUGGUUUUAUCGACUGAAAAAGAAAAAAAAGGUUGAGAGCUGAAGUGUCCUGAUGGGGAGGAGGAGGUUUGCGAAGCUUUGGCCUUACUGACACGUUUUAUUUUUUUUCCUUUGUAUAAAAAAAAACAACAACAAACGUCUCCGUAGGCUUUUCACUACCUCUCAUGUUGGUUAAUUUAUUUCACAUCUAGUUGUCAAUGUACAAGUUGUUUUUAGAUCUACUUGAAGCCUAACACUGUAAACAAAAAUGUGCACAGAAAAAUGACUAUGUAUAUGACCAGAGGGGUUUAAGAGAGCUUGGCCUAGUCGACAUUUUUUUGUUUGUUUGUAUGUAUGUUUGUUUUUAAAUUGUGUUGAGCUGAACUAGAUUUUGCAUCUCUAUAAAGAAUUCAGGAAUACACUGUCUAAGGGCUAAUCCCAUUUUUGCCUAUGCAAAUCUGUUACUGUGGGUGAGUUGGGAAAGGGCGAAGUGCCGCACCUUUCACCUGUUUUAGAUGGACCAUGGUUUACAAUGCCCUUUGCUGAUAUUCUUCAAUCUUAUUCAGCAAAAAUGUACGCUUAUUUUUGUUUCUAUAUAAAUAUUAUACGUAUGUAGGUCUAUAUCUAUAUAUAGGUAUAGAUAUACAUAUAUAACAAGUAAUAUAAAGAGAAAAUAGUAUAUGCCUUCGUGAUGAUAAAAAGAAACCUUGCUGAAAACAAAUAAAUGUGUUGUUGUCUGACAUUAUGUGGCUGGAGUCUUGGUAAGAUGAUACAGACGACUGGAACUCGACUGACUGAAAAGUUGACUGACUGUCAUUACUCACGCUACAACUAGUAGCUGACCCUGUGCAGUGUUUCCUAACUGAGAGGGGAAAAAAGGUUAUUUAUGUAUUUAAGGAGCUACCACAUCAUGACUUUUGUGUGACAGAUAUUGUAAUCCAGCCCCAGCCUGUGAGGUAAAUAAGGUAUUUGGGCCAAUCAGAACUUGUCCAUGUCAUUUUUCACAUUUGGUCGUUUUUUAAAGUAAGCCUAUGUGACUUUUGAUAAACAAAGGCCGCCAUUGUUUCUUCAAGGGAUAGGGACAAAUGAUAAAACAUUUUUAAAAAGUACCACAAGUAGAAUCAAGUGAACUAAAGGGCGAGAUCUGAGUAAAGUUUGCUAGUGUUAGCUAACAGGGUCCAGAAUUAGCACCUUUAACUCGCUGUGGGUAAUGUGGGUAAAAAUGGCUCUUGAAAUAGAAUAAAUUUGGAUUUGGAUUUAAUAUAUACACUUAAAAAAGGUCAGGUAUCAGGGAAAAGAAAGUCAAAAAAUAAUUGUUGAUUUAUGAUGGUUUCAAAUAAUAUUUAAAAAAAUAAUACAGACAGAAUUGUAUUAGUUUAACACGAUUCUGGUUAAUUGUACAAUUUAUUAGUUGUUCUGUUAUUCUUUUGCACCCAAUACAAUAUUAUAUUUCUAUUAAAUCUGUCAGGUAGUCAGCAGGCAUCAUUUUAUUCAAUUAUCUUUAAGAAAAACAUUGGGAACUACUGACCUAAAAGAUUUUUCAUUUUUUUUAAUGGUAAUUUUUUUAAUUUACCAGCCAUUGACAGACAGACUAAAAGAUAAUUUUGGAUCCUGUUCGCUAUCAUCUGCCACCACAAGCCAGAGAUCACACCCGACCAAAGUAAAGCUGCAAAUUUAGCAAGGGUGUGUUUUACUUUUCAUUUUGAAGUCAGGCCACGUUAUUUUGUCAUUCAAACGUUGCAUAGUCUCACUUUGAAGGGCUGAGUUGGAGCAUGUGCACUGUCCAUAUGUAAGUCACGUUUUAUAACAAGUAAUCCAUUAAUAUAUAUAUUUUUUAAAUCCACUAGCCAUGAAAUAAUUAACAUUUUAUCAUAAUUAUAUUUCUGGUGUUUGUAUGUGGACACUGCACAGCGGCUGUAGUUAAAUGUGUGCAGCACUAUGUCAUCUGCAAACAACAGCAACUUAUUUUUCUAUCCUUCAACUUCUUGUUCUUUUUGUAGCCACAUCCAGUCAGACUAUCACUGUGCUAAUACAGUAGCGUUGAUGUGAUACACGUCAGCAGAAGUGGGUGUUCUGUUUUUUUUUAAUACUCCACUAAUGCAAAGGUGUAAGAGAAAUCAAUAAUGCGUUACUUACGAGACCGUUCACUCAGAGAGCCACUUUUAGCUGCGAGUUGGGGGUCUAAUAAUUUAUUUUUUAACUCUUUAUUUGUACAGAAACUUUAGCUUCUGAACCAAGAUGGAAUUGAGAAUAGGAGGGUUGAUGUUGUAUAGAUUUUUCUCCACAAUUCCUCACAGUGCAUCGUGGCUAAAGAAAGAAAGGUUAAUUUACUGAUGUUGUUUGGUUUGAACGCAACCUGCUUUGUGUGUUCCCUCAGUUGGAUUUGGUGCCUCUUUAUGCUUCACAACAGACCUCAAGAUCUCUUUCUCUCUGUCUCUCUGUCUGUCUCACUUCCUCUCUCUCUAACAUCACACAUACAGCACUGUUAAUAGCAGUUUCGAGCAGAGAGAGUCCCGUUUUAAAGCAAAAAUAACACUGAUGUUUGUUUCUCCUACUGACACCCUCAUAUUGUCUCUUGCACCUCCUUCGGAGGUGUUUGUGCUACUUGAGGAAAGAGAUUAUAUUUGUGCAGGUACCUGCUUGAAGUUGGUUUUCAACAGUUUUAGGCAAUCACUUUUCUCUUUAUUGAUUUAGAUGCCUAAGCCUCUUUGUUUUUGUCAUGCCUUUGUAGAUAGAUCACAGUGGUCCAGAGAUGAUCCGCAGGUGAAAAUAAAAAGAAUUUUACUGUCACUUUUAUGCGAUUAAAAAGAAAAGUGACACUUUUUCUAUUCAGCAUGCUUUUUGCUAAAUAAAUGAAAUAAUUCAGUUAUUUGCUAUAAACGAUACUGUAUGAGUAUGUAUUCAAGUACUGCAGUAUGCAGACAAUUAAAAAUAUCAGAAACUCUUUUGAGAGGUUCAUAUUUUUCUUCUAGUAUGUUUCACUAAUAUUGACGAUUAUGGGUUCUUAAUUCUUGUUUCGAGUGUCUCAUGAAUUGCCAGAAUGACUAAAUGACCCUCUUUGUAUUAACAAAUAUAGACUAUGGUUCCACAUGCAUGACUUGCAGAGCAAUGUUACCUAGACAGUGCUAGUGCAGAAACUUUUAAUAAAAAGUUUUGAUGAAAAUAGCUCAACUUUUAAUGAGAUUCUGACAGUUUUAUUUGCAUCAAGGCAGGUUAAAUCUUAACCCUUGUGCUCACUAAUGGUCAACGAGGCAGUGUGGACUGAAAUGUAAUAUUUAUUAUCUUGCCACAUGGAGCAAAUCUCAAGGUUUCAGAUUUAAAAUGUCAAGAUGAGAAAAUGACAGUGAGCUCAUGAGUUCAGUAGAUUGUGCAACUUCCUCAAACAUCUCAGAGCACUGUGUCCCUCACCUUCAGGGCCGUGCUGCCCUAAUAUCUACUUUACUUCUCUUCAUGACUUUUUUUUCAAAGAAGAUUGAUCAUCAAAACUUGAUCAGCAGUCGCUGAGUAAAGUGCAGUGAGAUGCAGGAAUCCCUUAACUGUAGCACUGAAAAGACUUUCCUGUCUUAUAAGUCCGACCUUGAUAAAACAUCAUCCUCUGUUGUAGAAUAUCACAGGAGGGACUCGUCUCAUCGAGCUUCUUCUUACAGAGAUGUGAAUCUGUACUUCAAGACAGAGCUGGUUCAGGUUUAACAGCACCGAGUAUCAACAAAUUUGUACAUUGUGGGAAAUGUUUAAUUAUGUUGCUGUUGGCAAUUCUCUGCAUGAAAGUACAAUACAGAUGUGACAGUAGAAUCAAGAUUAAAGAAAAGUCUAGUUUAAACAAUGUGGAUUUUUUUCUUUCAUAAGGACUCAACUUGGUUAACAGAUGUACAGUAUCUGUGUAACAUUGUAUAAUUGUUAAAUCCACUUUUUCUUGCAGAGAGUUAGGUGAGAAGAACAAUGCAACUCUUUUAAGAGGCCAGCAGCCAGUCAACUUAGCUCAGACUAGUUUAGACUAAAAAGGUGAAACUGCGAGCCUAGCUUUGUCCACGUCUUAUGGUGUUCACGCCAAAUGCCAAGCGAAUAUAUAGUGCAACGCAAUGUGUAAAUAGUUGCAAAUUUCAACUGGGUGGCAUAUUUGAGCAAGAUAUUUGCAUGAUGCUGUGUUGUGAAAGCCUACCAGCCUUGAGACUCUUCUGCAUAGCCCUGAUCGAGCCAAACUCCAUUCAGAAAACAUUUUAAAAGUUGCUUGCUUGUCACCUUGCAGAAAGACUUGACAAAGCAUGAAUUCUGACGUUUUACAAUCUGCAUCAUGAUGCAGUUAUUUCAGCAUAAUUUUGAUCUGUUUAUUGUUAUUAAAUCACAGCAAAAUCUGCUUAUUUUGGUUUCUGUUCCAUACAUACCGAACAGACACAGUUCAGGAUGAUGUCAUUGGGUUUUACGACAUACACAGGACUUCCAAAACAGAUCCAGAACAGCAAUUGUGGUUAUUUUGACCAUAGUUGAUAAAAGAAUGAAGUGGAAAAAUAAAAACCAUGAUAGUAUCUACACCAGCACAUAAACAAACAAACAAAGACAAAUUAUCAGAAGGUACAAGUCACAUGAGUGAGGCGAGAUGAAAAUUCACUUUGCCUUUGGUGUGAACACAGCAUAAAGAUCAGUAAUUUUAUCUGCAUACAAAAGUACUAAAACUAAAACUAUUCCUUAACAGCUCAAGAAACAGUUUUGCUAAGCUGACUCCAGCUACAGAGUGGCUUCUCAUGUAACUCUCUUCAAGUAAAGACAGCAAGUGUAUUUCCCAAAUGUCUAUUCCUUUUAAAAAACAGAUUCACAAAAUGAGUUGAGCUACAUUAAACUUUACAAAAGAAGGAAAAACAAGGUUGGAUUUGCCUGACACGCUGGUCAAUGCAACUGUCCCAGAAGUACAAAAAUGCAUCUUUGGUGGAUAAAAUGUGCCAAAAUUAUAAUCUACCUUUUGUUUCUAUGUAAAGGGGUCAAAUUAAUUGUUGAAACAUACAAUCACAUGUUCUGUUGGACUCAAACUGUUCUUUACGAAACACAUUAUGUUAUUUGUCUUUUCAUGUUCUGUCGUGGGUUUUUGUGUCAUCUCUCUGAAACACCCACAUAAAAUCUACUUCAUCAGUAUGUUAGCAGACAGGAAGUGUGACUGAUGUGGAAUACAAGCAACCACAUCAUAUCUGAUUGAAAUUGUAACUGUCACAAAAAAGCUGUUAACUAUUUUUACUGUUUUAAUUUAUUUUUAUCACAGGUUUAUGUCGUUUUUUUCUUUUAUCUCAAAAGACACAAAAAUUGUUGUUCAUCAGCCUUUAACUUUCACGAGUCACCAUCACGUUAACAGCGUUGUGGUACGUUUUGAUCUACGGUUCAGUUCCUGUCUUUGUUUACACGAUGACAUCUUGCAUUAAGAGAAAACUCCAAUCUAUGGUAACUGCCCUUCAAUAUCUGUAAUUUAAAUAGUGCUGCUAGAGAAAGAAAUCUAAAUGUAACAACUUACAAUAAAUACUUAAUAGAUUUUU